AUGGACAAGCGAACUGGAGAGAGUCCCAUGGAGUUCGAAUGGGAGACGAAAGCUCCCGGCGACGCCAGUUCGCCCUUCUUUCAGCUCGGCGCACAGCAUCAUGACAAGAAACGAACCCAUAGCACAUUUGAGUCUCCCAAAAAGCAAGGCUUUCCAACUCUCCGCCAACCAAACUCCCAACCCUUCCUUUUCUCUCAGCCUCGUCACCAAGCCGCACCACCCUCUCCCAAAGCCAAGUUCGGACAACCCUCGUUCAUGACACCACGGAAAUUUGAUGUGGAUUUCUCAUCAGGGGCAGAAAACAUGUCAUCGCCUGAAUGUGCAGAUAAUGAGGAUACCCCCGAGCAGCCAUCCAAGGCAGGAAAAGGAAUUGGGUCAAUGUUCAACUUCACAAAAGCCCCGCAGAGCCCAGGGCGAGGGCAGAUCCCGCGACUGGCCCACCACUCCAACGGAGCAGUCAACCGCAUACAGAAAAAGCGAAGGAGGGACCGGGAGCUCGGCCGAAGAAUAAAGGUGGACAGCGACGACGAGACCGACGAUGACCGACCCAGCAGCAGGGAUCAACCGACAAAGCUAGUGAAACAAGGCAAUAAACAGGUCGAGCAGGGAUCAAGGGCAUCAACAUGGUCUGAAUUCUUCAGCAUGCUCGAGGCACACCCGAAUGUCCCCGCCAUUCUGUCAUGGUGGGCCCAGCUAGUGGUGAAUCUGUCGCUCUUCUCGCUAGCCGUAUACGUUGUCUUUGGAUUCGUCUCGGCGAUCCGCGGCGAGUUCGAGCAAGCCGCGCAGGAAAUGUCCGACACCAUUUUGGCCGACAUGGCAGUCUGCACGAAGAGCUACCUUGACAACGACUGUGGACGACCGACCCGGGCACCGGCCCUGGAAACGAUCUGCGAGAACUGGGAACGGUGCAUGAAUCGCGACCCGGCGAAGGUUGGUCGAGCCAAGGUUUCCGCGCACACCAUGGCGAUCAUCAUCAACAGCUUCAUUGACCCCAUCAGUUGGAAGGCGAUUCUAUUCUUCCUCGCAACCAUCUCGACCGUCACAGUUGUUAGCAACUGGUCAUUCCGCUCAUUCAGGCACCGUCUCCAACAGCAGCACUACGCACAACACCCCCAAUCCCAGCCCAUGCACCCACAGCUGCAACACAACCCCUCUUUCGGGUACUAUGGCCAACAACAAGAUCCUCGGCAAGGCCAGACCUACGAGAAACCAGAGCAACCUCUCAUGUUGGAGAACAAUCGGUCGAUGGAUUUCGUGACCGAGCGCAGCCGUGAUCGCGAACAGCACCUUCGUACCCCGAGCCCAACUAAGCGCAGGUUCGCCUGA